CGCCUUGUUCAUCACGAACAGUGAGAUAUAGCGGAUUAACGCCAUCUUUCUCAAACUCAACAGACUCAAUGUACGGAAUGGGGAUUGAGACGUUGUCUUCUCGGAGUCUGGCGUUGUACAGCAACGCUCGACGGGUCGAAUCACCAUCUGGGUUGGGGAGAGUGUAGCAUGUUUCUUGCGAGAUGGCGGCGGUGCGUGUAACGUGGGUGAAGUUUGCGGCGGGGAACUCGGGGACGCCAGUUGUUGUUGCGUUACUACCUGGUGACGCGGGACCGUUGGAGGCGUCGGACGUUGAAGUUGCAGCCACAGGACUCGAGAAGGAUGUAACGGUUCCAGUACUCCCAGGUGCAGAGCCCGUUGUGUCACCGCUUGGGACAGCACUUUCGCUAACGGUAGUGCUGGGGACUUCGGUUGAGACUGUUGGAAAGGGGAGAGUUGGGAUUUCAGAGGCUGGUACACUGAUUGUUGGGAGGGAGACGAUGCCUGAGAUGGAUGAUGUGAUGUUCCAGCCAACACCGCUGCUCUGAGAACGGGUAAAAUCUUCUGACUCUGUCGGAAGAGUCACAAUUGAACCAGUCUCAGAGGAGCUGACAGUCGCAACAGAGCCAGAACCCUCAGAUUCUGCAGUUGUUGUGUUCCAACCAGACAUCACCGUGUCACUUCGGGCCGACUCUGACGUUUCUUGAGAUACUGUCGGCAAAGAAACACUUGGGAACGGAACCAGCGAUGACGUCCCAGCUUGCGAUAAACUGAUUGUCGAGACGGAGACAUCGCCUCCAGGCGCAGUGGUGCCAUUCCAGCUCGGAACUGCGCUGCUUCCCGGCACCGAGUUUGUUCCACUCCCAGGCUCAGUUGUGAUCGACUCACUCGGCAGCGGUAGUGUUGGGAACGGCAACGUCCCACCUCGAGUUAUACUGAUUGACGGUAUAGUGAAGUUAACUCCUGGUACAGUAGUGCUGUUCCGAUUUGGGAACUCAUUCCCGCUAGUCUCUGGGCCUGUUGCGAAAGUAUCGCUUGGGAAAGGCUGAGUUGGAAACGGGACAAAGGUUUGCGACGGGGAUAUACUGAUGGUCGGUAUAGUCACGUUGCCACCGGAUGGUAAAGCAGUGUUGUUCCAGCUUAGCGAGACACUGCUACCCGAUGCUGCUUCAGCUGAUGAGAAUUGACUCGGCAGUGAUACCGUAGGAAACGGUAUGAAGGAUUCGCUGGAUGUACUGACGGUUGGUACUGAGGUGUUACCGCCAGGAGGUACAGAUGUGGUGUUCCAGCUCGGAGAGACUCUGCUCGUUGACGCUGCUUCCUCCGAGGAUGAUGAAACUGGAAGUGAUAUCGUCGGGAACGGGACAAUGGAUCCGCUGGAGGUGCUGGCAGUCGGUAUCGAGGUAUUGCCACCUGAAGGCAGAGAAGUGGUGUUCCAACUUGGAGGCAAACUGCUCCCUGUUGUAGCCUCUGCUGAGGACGAGAGACUCGGUAAUGAUACCGUUGGAAAUGGCACAAAUGACCCACUCGAGGUUCUUAUAGUUGGUACCGAUACAUUGCCACCUGAUGGGAGGGAGGUACUAUUCCAACUUGGGCCCAGGCUGCUACCCGAAGUGAUAUCUGUUGAAGAGGGUUUCGCUGAAGUCGAAGCACUGAGUGUCGGCAACGAGUUGUUACCGCCAGGAGGAAGAGCGGUACUGUUCCAGCUCGGACCGACACUGCUCCCUGAAGUGAGCACCCCCGAAGACGUUGGAAAAGGCACCAAGGUCCCGCUGGAAGCGUGAGUUACCGGCACCGACGUGUUUUCCCCAGAAGAAAGAGAAGUGCUAUUCCAGCUUGGUCCGAAGCUACUCCCCGAGCUUCCUUGGCUUGGUAUUGACAAGGUUGGAAACGUAACGAAUGUGCCACUCGAGAUGCUGACUGUCGGUACCGAGCCAUUCCCUCUCGAUGUAGUACCAUUCCACCCUGGACCGACGCUUCCACUUGGCGAAAGGCCAGAGCUCGCGGAUUCUGAAGCUGUUGGGAACGGCAUAGUGAUCGUUGGAAACGAACCAUUUCUUCCGUCAGAGGUGGUGU